GGCAGCGAGGCAGCGCGCGGGCAGACAGUCAAUCGCUUGCGUCUGUCGGCGACCAUCACAGAGAGAGAGAAAGAGAGAGAGAGCGCGCGCGCGUGACACUGAAACUCGUUAAAACUCGGGGAUAACGCUGCGGCGGGGAUAACUCCACUCCACUCCACUCCACUCCCACACUUCUGGACUUUUACUGCGCACGCUCGCGGCGUGUUUUUCUUCUUCUUUAAGGACGACUGAAGAGUUUAUCAUUUGUUACACAUUUUCCUGGAUAUUGUACGCAGAAAAAAAAAUCAUGCCUGCUGAUAUGAUGGAAAAGAACUCGUCUUCCCCGGUGGCUGCGACCCCGGCGAGCAUGAACACCGUCCCGGACAAACCCAAGACAGCCUCCGAGCACAGAAAGUCAUCCAAGCCCAUCAUGGAGAAAAGGAGACGAGCCAGGAUCAACGAAAGCUUGGGUCAGCUCAAAACACUCAUCCUGGACGCACUGAAAAAAGACAGCUCCAGACACUCCAAGCUGGAGAAGGCGGAUAUCCUGGAGAUGACCGUGAAGCACCUCAGGAACAUGCAGCGCGCGCAGAUGACCGCCGCUCUGAACGCGGACCCCACCGUGCUCGGCAAGUACCGCGCGGGCUUCAGCGAGUGCAUGAACGAGGUGACGCGUUUUCUGUCCACGUGCGAAGGUGUGAACGCCGAGGUGCGCACGCGGCUGCUCGGACACCUGGCCAACUGCAUGACCCAGCUGAACGCGAUGAACUACACGGCGCAGGCGCACGCCGGACCCGCGCCGCCUCCUCCGACCUUCGGACAGCCCGUGGUGCAGAUCCCCGGUGCGACGCACGUGCCCGUGCCCGUCUCGGUGCCGGCGUGUAAGAGCGCGCCUCCAUCCGGCGCGUCGCCGUCUGACGCUUCCAAGGUGUACGGCGGCUUCCAGCUCGUCCCGGCUACAGACGGACAGUUUGCCUUCUUGAUCCCCAGCGGCGCGUUCACCCCCGGCGGCCCCGUGAUCCCGGUGUACGCGAGCGGCGCAGCCACGCCCCUCCCAGCAGCCGCCGCGUCUCCGCGCGAGGCCUCGCUCACUUCAGACUCUGUCUGGAGGCCUUGGUAGAAAAACCCAGAGAGACAAAGACUUCUGAAAGACUUUUACACUGUUCAUAUGCUACAUGUUUCGUCUGUUAAAGUUUCAUUUUUUUGUUUAGUUUUUUUUGUUUGUUUGUUUUUGGUUUUUUUUUAAUGGAAAUGUGUUUUAAGAAGAGAUUUUUUUAUGCACUAUAUUUGUACAGCUCAAAAAGGGAGAGAAGUUCAUAUUGAAACGAGAUUUAUACUUAUAGCUAAUGUCUGUUCGGUGCAUUUUUUUAUAUUUGCGGUAUCUUUUUUUUCUAAAGGUGAUGCCAAAGAUAUGCGGAAUGCUUUUUUUUUUUUUUGUGCGAGAUUCUUCUUUUUGGAAGACUAAUAAAUUUGUUUAAAAAAAAAAAAAGAAAAAAAGUUUGUCUAUGUCGUGAUGUCAUAUUCCCGCUUUCCAAAGUGCAUCUGGGAAACUUGGGUUGAGUUGCCAAACUCAGAACCGCAUCUGACAUGACUGGAAACUCAUUAAACCCAGACUGAGAACUCAAAUAAAUACAGGGGAUUAGUGAUGCAUCAGCAGAUGCGGAUGUAAAGAUGAUUCAAUAUCAACAAGCAGAGACAAGAUGUACAAAAACUCUACAACUUCAGCCAGACUGGAACACGUGUGUUUAGGUAAAGCAUACAUGCAUUAAACCUUAACCUUAUUUAUUUAUUUAUUUAUUCAUUCAUAUAUUUAUUUAUUUAUUUAUUUAUUUAUUUAUUUAAAAGCACUUACAUUACGCCUGCUGCACUUCACUUCACAGAACAAAAACUCCACGUGUGCAGGAAUAGCUAUGCGCAAAUAAGCACAACAAAACACAUCAUUUAAUUUCAAGAUAAUCUUUAAAACUCCAAUUAAUUAAUUAAACGUCUCUGUGCGCACUUUGGAAAAGCAAGUCCAAGAGUCCUUUCUAUAUCUCCACAAAGCAUGGCUCAUUAACCGCGGGUUUGGUUUGGGGAGGAAAGUUUUUUUUUUUUUUUUUUUUUUUAAACUUGUGUGUAUAUAUUUAGAGCUGGAUAAUUAGCGGAAAGAGGAGACGCACACAGAGAGAGAGAGAGAGAACCGGAAACGGGAAAUCAGCCAAGCCACCAAUAUGAGCCGAUUUAACCAACCGAGGAUGCCACUGCGUCUAACACCACACAGAUCCAGAGGCGGCGUGCUAUUUCACAGUUUUGGCUGGAUGACACGAACACACAGCGCCAUCUAGCAGCGAACUGCUGAAAAACACCCCAAAAGUCGGAGACCACCUUACAUUUUACAUUCGUAUUUAGAAAAAGACACACACUUCCCAGACUUGGAGUCUUUUCUCACACGCGCUCUUAAAAAAAAUAAAUAAAGGUUCUGCCACGGUUCUUUACAACACAAUGGGUUCCGCAAAGAACCUUCUUCUUGUCAAGAGCCAUUUUAUAAUGUACAGGGCUCUUGAGUUGAGCUAUAUGGUUCUUUGGAGAUUAAAGAAGUUCUUUGUUUUUCAUUGUAGCAGUGUGUUGGUUCUUCAAAGUAUCAUCCUUUAACAGGUUAAAGUGAACCCGAUAACCUGGAAAAGGUUCU